AUGGAGUCUUCGUCUCUGAAGAGACGAGAGCAACCAAUGUCACGAGAUGGAGACCAGCUUAUCAUUACUCCUUUGGGCGCCGGAAACGAAGUGGGUCGUUCCUGCGUUUACAUGUCCUUCAGAGGCAAAACAGUUCUGUUUGAUUGUGGGAUUCAUCCUGCGUAUUCGGGAAUGGCUGCUUUGCCUUACUUCGAUGAGAUUGAUCCUUCCACCGUCGAUGUCCUCUUGAUUACUCACUUUCAUGUGGAUCAUGCAGCAUCCUUACCUUAUUUUCUAGAGAAGACAACAUUCAAAGGAAGAGUUUUCAUGACACACGCCACAAAAGCUAUCUACAAGCUGCUACUUACAGACUAUGUGAAAGUUAGCAAAGUUUCAGUGGAAGACAUGUUGUUCGAUGAACAAGACAUCAACAAAUCCAUGGAUAAAAUUGAGGUGAUUGAUUUCCAUCAAACGGUUGAAGUGAACGGCAUAAAGUUCUGGUGCUACACGGCAGGCCAUGUAUUAGGUGCAGCCAUGUUUAUGGUUGACAUAGCCGGAGUCCGAAUCCUCUACACCGGCGACUACUCCCGUGAGGAAGACAGACAUCUAAGAGCAGCCGAGCUACCUCAAUUCUCCCCUGACAUAUGCAUCAUUGAAUCCACUUCCGGUGUCCAGCUUCACCAACCUCGCCACAUCCGUGAGAAACGCUUCACUGACGCAAUCCGUUCAACGGUUCUUGGAGGCGGGCGUGUCCUCAUCCCGGCGUUCGCACUCGGCCGUGCACAGGAGCUUCUCUUGAUUCUUGACGAGUACUGGGCCAACCACUCUGAGCUACACAACAUCCCAAUCUACUACGCGUCACCGCUCGCCAAGAAGUGCAUGGCCGUUUACCAAACCUACAUUCUGUCCAUGAACGACAGGAUACGCAACCAGUUUGCGAACUCCAAUCCUUUUGUCUUCAAGCACAUCUCUGCGUUGAACAGCAUCGACGACUUCAGAGAUGUUGGUCCGUCUGUGGUGAUGGCUAGUCCCGGAGGUCUUCAGAGCGGUUUCUCCAGGCAGCUCUUUGACAUUUGGUGCUCGGAUAAGAAGAACUCUUGCAUCAUACCUGGUUACAUGGUGGAAGGGACGCUAGCGAAGAAGAUCGUCAACGAGCCGAAGGAGGUGACUCUCAUGAACGGUCUCACCGCUCCUCUCAACAUGCAAGUCCACUACGUCUCCUUCUCUGCUCACGCGGACUAUGCGCAGACGAGCACGUUCUUGAAAGAGCUCAUGCCUCCAAACAUUGUUCUUGUUCACGGGGAAGCUAACGAGAUGAUGAGGCUGAAACAGAAGCUCUUGACUGAGUUUCCAGACGGGAACACGAAGAUCAUGACUCCCAAGAACUGUGAGUCCGUUGAGCUCUACUUCAACUCUGAGAAAAUGGCGAAGACGAUUGGGAGAUUGGCUGAGAAGACGCCUGGUGUUGGCGAUACAGUGAGUGGGAUCUUGGUGAAGAAAGGCUUCACUUAUCAGAUAAUGGCGCCUGAUGAUCUCCAUGUGUUCUCACAGCUAUCAACAGCAACUGUGACUCAAAGGAUCACUAUCCCGUUCUCUGGUGCUUUCGGUGUGAUCACACAUCGCCUAGGGAAGAUUUUUGAGACAGUUGAAGCUUCAACAAACGAAGAAACUGGUCUUCCUGCGCUGAAAGUGCACGAGAGAGUGACAGUGAAGCAAGAGUCAGAGAAGCAUAUCUCUCUUCAGUGGUCAUCUGAUCCGAUAAGCGACAUGGUUUCAGACUCUGUUGUGGCUCUGGUGCUCAACAUCAGCAGGGAAGUCCCUAAGAUCACUGUGAAAGAAGAAGAAGAAGAAGAGGCUGUGAAGUCAGAGGAAGAGAAUGGGAAGAAAGUUGAGAAAGUGGUUUACGCGCUUCUUGUGUCGCUCUUUGGGGAUGUGAAAAUGGGAGAGAAUGGGAAGCUGGUGAUUAGGGUUGAUGAGAAUGUGGCUCAGCUUGAUAGAGAGAGUGGAGAUGUUGAGAGUGAGCAUGAAGGUCUUAAGGAGAGAGUGAGAUUAGCUUAUCAGAGGAUUCAAAGCGCUGUGAAACCAAUCCCUCUCUCAGCUGAAUAA